AUGCCUAAACGUGGAGGAGGAAGACCAAGAAAUAAUUGGAAAAAUGGUGCUCCUAAUUGCUUCGAACAUGACGACCGCAUUCACCAUACAGGAAGGCGAGUUAUGUUCAAACAAAGUCACAACAAAGGAAAAAACAAUAAGUUUAAAAAUUGGAAUGAUGCUAAAAUACUUUUUGAUGAUGAUGUUGAUAUGGGAGCAUCUGGUAAUGCACAAAAUAGAAGAGGUGCUUACAGAGGUAGAGGAGGUCGACUUGGGUCACCACCGCCACGGCCAUCCCAGCACAAAAAGAAAUUCAUUACAGGGGUUCUGCCAUGGUACCAAAUAACUGUACCUUAUGGAGCUAAGCAUGAAAAGGAUGUCAUAUUAAAAGUUUUGCUAAGUCACAUAUCACCGGAAGUGUUUAUACCACACUACUUCAAGAUUGAAGGAAACUCUGCAAUAUUCUAUGUGGAUGAUGUAAAGGUUGCUGAAAAGUUAUUUCAUGCAGAUCGAAAGAUAACAAUGCCUAAUGGUUUCAAGUUGGUGGUUAUUGUUCGCAAUGCAGUACCAAGAAUUAAUAUUACUGAUGAUAUGAAAGAAAAAAUGAAGUUGGCUAUGGCUAAACGCUAUAACCCUACAACAAAGGCUCUAGAUUUAACAAAAUUCCAUGCAGAUCCCGAUCUUGUGGAUGUUUUCUGUGCACUGUUUCGCCCGAUCAUUAUGUUGGCUGCCGUGGAUAUAAUUGCUGAAAAUAUACCAGAUUUGGAAGCUUUAAAUUUAAAUGAUAAUAAGCUACAUGGACUUGAACAUUUGAAGAUAUUAGCCACGAAAUUUAAAAAUUUGAAAAUAUUAUAUAUGGGUGACAAUCGGAUACCAUCAGUCGCUCCACUAGAAGCGUUAAAGGCUCUUCCGCUAGUUGAACUAUAUCUUAAAGGGAACCCCCUUGUGAACAGGUUCAAUGAUAUUGAAACCUACAAAAGUGAGGUCCGGCGAAAGUUUCCGAAGCUGACGCGAUUGGACGGCGAAGAUCUCCCACCGCCUAUUGGUUUCGACAUACCGGACGACAUAUCACUGCCACCAGCACAACAAUCAUUCCUCGUUGACCCCAACGGCCAAGAACUUAUCAAAGAAUUCCUAAAGCAAUAUUUUGCGAUAUAUGAUUCAGAAUCGCGACAGCCAUUACUCGAUGCUUACCAUGAAUCGGCGACUUGUUCGCUGGCAGCCAAUUACUUGAGCACGGACAAUCGGACACCCAAUUCAACUAAUAAGCUCAACGCAUACGUGGUGAACAGUCGUAAUCUUAUGAGAAUAACAGACAGAGAUUACAGACGAAGAUAUCUCAAAACAGGCAAAUUGCAAGUCGUGUCACUGCUCUCCGAGUUACCAAAGACCACACAUGAUUUAAUGGGCUUCGCUGUUGAUUUAGUUAUAUUUAAUCCAAACAUGGUAGUACUAACAAUGAAUGGAGUAUUCAGAGAAAUAAUGACUACGGGGACACCUCUCCGAUCCUUCCAUCGGACAUUUGUGAUAGUUCCAAAUAAUUCUGGUGGAUUCAGCAUACUUAAUGAUAUGUAUUUCAUAACAAAUGCAACUAAACAGCAGGAAGACAAAGCGUUUUCAACAUCAACACCAGCUUCAGUCCCCGCUCCAACUCCAACGCCCGCUGCUCCCGCAAUUCCCGUUGUGACGCCAGCAGCGCAACCCGUUGCCGGUACUUCGCAAGAAGACACGCAGAAGAUGAUGCUAAACAUGCUUAGCCAACAGACUGGCAUGAACGAACAUUGGAGUAUAAACUGUCUUCAAGAAACGGGUUGGGAUUAUCAGCGGGCAUUAUUUAUUUUCAACCAACUGCAAUCAGAAGGAAAAAUACCACAAGAAGCCUUUGUGAAGUGA